GCUUUUAGUUUCGCUGUUUUGCUGCUGUAGUGCUGUUAGAGGUACCUAAGGUACUGCGCCCCGAUUAUCAUCAAUUAAACCUUUUAAAGUUCUACCAACCAGCCAGGCUGCCAGGUCUCUUCCCAAGGUGGUAUCAUGACUUUCGCUAUGUAAGAUAUUCUUGUGCGGAUUUUAUUUAUCCUUUUUUUCUACUUUCUUUUUCUACCUAGUUGAAACUCUUACCAUCUCUUAUAAUCAUCUUAUUUAUGUUCAAUCUUUUGUGCUAGCUGAGAUCUGUAUUACCCUUUCAUUUGACAUUGAUACAUCUUGCUUGCUGGCUUGGUUGAUUGUGUAUCCCGUCCUGACGCAAACUUCCUGUUUAAAUUGACCAUAUAAGAACCAUUGGAGAAUAAUAUAUACGAUAUAUACUAGCUGCUAUCAAUAUGGCCGACGUCGAAGAAGCCAAGUUUAAUACUCUUGCGGAUCGGAUUGCAGCUUUGAACGGUCAAAAGAACUUCACUGCUCCCUCACCUUCUGCGAAGCGACCUCCUCCCCCACCACCUCCGGGUGCCAACAGGUCCCCGAAUCCGAAUCCGAAUCCGAAUGGGAAUGGGAAUGGGAAUGGCAUCACCCGCUCGCAAACUACGCAAAGCCCUAACUUACCUCCGCGACCGCAAAAACAAAGCCUACCUCCUAGUCUGCCACGACGAGCAAAUACGACAGAAGCGGCAGCGGCAGCGGCGGAAAUUCUUGCCCUGUCUAGGCGCGAUGCGCCACCACCACUUCCGAAUCGCACCUCUACGCAGCCGUCACCAGCCCUUCCUACUCGUAGACCUUCUGCGCAACCAUUGAAUAGCAGAAGAGGCUCCAACUCCUCCGAGAUAUCCCAUGUCUCAACCAUAUCGAACUUAUCAUUAAAUCCCAUUUCCUCUCGUACUAGUACCACCUCAACAGAAACACAGCCUGCGCGACGUGUUCUCGCUCCGACACUAGACCAAGCCAAGCUACCACCUCUCCCGCCAUCGAGAAAAGAAAGAGAGGCACAAGCAGCCAAAGCAGCCGCAGAGAGAGAAACAACCGAAGUUAUCAAAGCGCCACUUCUAUCAACCCGUUCUGCCCCAGUGGUACCUCAAGCGGGUUCGCGACCUGGUUUAGCACCCAGAUUACCGUCUAGGCCCACCAAUUCACAAGUUGAUGAAAAUCCCUCGAUAGCACCGCGUCGUCUUCCACCCCCACCCGCAGCAUUUGUGCGUCCAACGACAUUCGAAUCCUCCCGAAAGCCCAGCGCGCCUGGCCCAAGACCCAGCAGCGACGCCCCGCCGCCAGUUCCACUAAGCUCGCGACCGACAUUUUCUCAAAUUGAAUCAGUUGCCGUACGUACGAGCACUGACUGCCUACUCUGCCGAGAUUUCUCAGCUCCGGAUAGCGUAGCCGCGCAAUAUCCCGCCCACUCGCUUCCUAGGCAUGACCCAAUUGGCUAUCUAGCAAACGUCCUGUGCGGUCCAUUCUCAUCAGCUACUGACAAAGCGAGGGCUAUCUUCACGUGGUGUCAUCAUAAUAUCGCUUAUAACGUAGAGGAAUUCUUCGGGAAAUGUAUCAAGGGUAGGAGCGUAGACGAAACCAUCUUUUAUGGUAAGGCCGUUUGUCAGGGCUAUGCGGAAGUUUACCAAGCCAUUGCCCAACGCGCCGGGUUGCAAUGCAUUGUUGUAGUUGGCCAUGGAAAGGGCUAUGGUUAUAAACCUCUCGCUAAAGGCGAGCGCCCUCCUCCUAAAGAUGCCACGGGCCAUGCUUGGAAUGCCGUCUGUAUAGACAACGGAGAAUGGAAACUCCUCGAUGCAUGCUGGGGCGCAGGCUCUGUUGGUGAGGGGAAGUAUACUAAGCAUUUCACGCCUUAUAUGUUUACCCUGAGUAACGACCUCUUCGGGCUUUCGCAUUACCCUUCAGAUGACCGAUAUUUCUUCCGAAAUGAUGGCCGCGUUCCUUCAUGGGAAGAGUAUUACAUCGGGCCGCUGAAUGGCGAGCCGGCUCAGGUUUUCGGCAAUUUGAGCGAGGAAGGCAUCUCCAAAUUCAACUUCAGCCCCAUGGAAAAGCACAUCCCCGUCUACAGUGGCGAGGUGGUGCGGUUCCAAUUUUCCAAGAUUUGCGAGCAUUGGGACCCCAUGCGGCAUGGCAAGGGUAAGAGUUAUCUACUCUUGAUGAAGAUUCAAGGAUUAGACGGUAGGAAGGAAGAUCUAGUACCGUUAGAAACGGACGGGUUCUGGUGGUGGGUAGAUAUCCCGGCAAGGGAUUUGGGUGCUCCGGGCCAGACUAUCUUCUUAUACGCGUUGACGGCGCUCAACCAAAAGGACGCGAGAGGCGUUACGAAAGAAGAGUAUUACAGGACGAAAACCAGCGGUUGCUAUAGCAUGAAUUGGGCGGUUUUUCUGAAAUGGGAACUAGUAUAGUCAUAGACCAUAGGCAUUUGGCCGGAUUUGGUUGAGAUGUAACAACGACGCUAAAGAGCGGCAACUAUACCCAGCAAUAAUACAAAGAUUGUUAGAUUAGCCACUCUAAUAACCGCUAGUAUAUUUGGCUGUUUCAUUAUAUAUAAUCUUCUCUAAUGAACGGCAGUAGGUACCAAGUAUAUUCAAGAAUCACCCGCAAUCCCCCGAACCAAGAUUAAAUCGAGUCCGGCGGACAUUACAUAGGAAAUUGAGUCAAUGUUGUUAUUAUUCUUU